CGUUGCUCCUGCACUGUUUCUCUUAGCCUGUAGCUGCCCAAAUAGAUUCUGUCAAAGGACCACCGCCAGAAGUUUUUGUUAUGCUUACCCGAUACUCUUACCCAUCGUGUCUCAAAAAUUAUAUCAAAGCAAACGACCACGACGACAAUGCUUUCACUCAGAUUAGUGUACUAUCAGUCAGACACAUAGUAACUUUUGCGGCAACAGGAUAAUGUACAUUUGCGAUUGUGUUCAGAGGCCGAUCUGCGCCGCGGCGGCGAAGAUUCCCUUUGUGGUGCUGGGAGUGACGUACUUUCUCACCCUACUUGGCCUCGGCCUGGUGGCUAUUUCCAGCGUAGACUCGAGCCUCGUGGACGCGGACGACUGGAGGAACACGCUGCUCUCCUUAUUACAGUGAAAAAUUCCCCCACCCCGCCAAAGUUUCGAUGAUUUGUGAUGCGAAGUUUCCAAAUUAAAACUCUUCCUCAUCUUUUGAUGCUAACCUUUUACAGGUCGACAGGGAUAGACUGAAGUCGAAUACUUCGGACAUUGAGCUGCUUAGCUUCCUCUUUUGCUAGUCUUUCGAUGUUCGAAACUCUUGUGUCUUGCGUGCCGUCAUAGAACUACGAACUACGAACUUCUGUCGUCUGGACACCAUAUUCACGAUUGGCGAUCUGUGAUGCUGAUAGAUGCAAGAGGGCGAGUGUUUCAUUUGGGAAGGUUUGCAUAUACAAAUGCUUCCAAGUUCUGGGGUGGGAGCAUUUUUCAUUGUAAUAGUCCUACGCCCCGUUGGAAUCUCCCCUGGUGCAGAUCCGGUUGGCGCUGAACCAGAUGUGGAGGGAAGAAGCGGGGACCAUGUGGGACGGCAGGUUGAAAAUCCCGCUGCCCCAGCAGACGCUCGGGUUUCCCAAGUCGACGUCCGCGCAGGCCGGCGUCUCCGAAGCUGACAUUUUUCUCGGGAACGACACGGACCUGCGCUUCAACGGGUUCGACGCCGCACGGGCCUACUUUUCACAUUUAAAAGACGAGGACUCGGGGAAGCCGCCGGUGGACUAUGAACACAGCUUCGCCUACAUGCAGACGUUGCGGCGGCGGGAGGGGCUUGAAGCGAGCAACGGGCCAGAUUACACCACUUUCUCCGCAGAUUCCCGGGACAAAAAGAACGCGACCACGCUGAUGCAGCAGCCCUUUCUCCUGUACCGGGACAUCAGCUAUAAUCCUGGCAACAAUCUCCUGCAAUCGGGGAACUUUUUGAGGGCUGCCUGCAAGCUGGAGACGACGUUAUUUGGCGCGUUGCAGCGCUCGCCGAGCCUCCCGUUGGGAAAGGAUUUUUACUUUCUGCGGUUCGUGUACAGUCGCAGUCGGAUCGGGUUUCUCGCGUGGCUGGCCUCUAGUAGUUCCUCGUCCCAGCUCUGGGGCGAGGGGGGACUGGAGCAGGAAAAAAUGGAGCCCUACUUGGCGAAUCUGGACGUGGAUGCCACCGACUAUUUACAGGCGCGCGAGGCCGCGGAAGCGUCGUACUGGAAGGCGGUGCAAGACCAAAUCGACGACAUCCUCAGCUGUGAAACCGUCGGCGCCAUUGAUCCAACGCUCAGCACGGUACAAGCAAUGCCGGUUGUCGGAGAUAGUAAUGCCCAAACUACUAUCAAAUGUAAAAAUGUCUGGGUCUGGAAGAUUGCAACUUGUCAUGCUAAAUCCGCAGCAUGCAAAAAUCUGUGUUGCGUGAUUACCAAAAGUCGUCCAGUUUUGACCAAGUCGGGAGGGAGUUUCUCAUGCAGGAUAGGCAUUAGAGAAGUGUCGCAGAAUCUGUCAUGCUAGGUCCUGCAUUCCAGACCUCACGGGUCAUGGAAAAGCAGCAUGACAAAUCGCGCAUUCUUCCAGACCCAGACAUUUUUACAUUUGAUAACUACCCUCCGCGUCGUGGCCUCCACCGGGAUGACGACGUUCGCGCGGGAAAGCAAUUUCACCAUCGACUACUGCGAACGGCUGAACGAUUUGCUCGCAUCGACCUUCACGGACGCGGAUGCCUCCGGUUUAUCCCCGCGCCUAAAUAACGACGGGGGAUGGUAUAAAUUUCCUAACAGCCUGGAUUAUCAGGUCCGGUUUUACGAUUCCGCCUGCAGCCGGGAAGAACUCAACGCGCUCGCGACGCGCGACGUGGCGGUCGGGUUGCCGUUCACGCUGAUCGCGAUCGUGGUGAUCACCUACGCUUUCACCUUCAGCCCCUUCUGCAUUUUAAACCUGCUCUUACUCCAGCUGUCGAGCCUGUGCCUGGGGAUGUUUCUCUACUUUUACGUCUGCUGGCGGAGCUACUUCGACCCGGUGAUGUACUUUGCGUUUUUCGUCCUCUUCGCCGUUGGCACGGACGACUUCUUUGUCCUGUUCGAAACUUUACGACAGGAGCUGCCGGACGCGCGACACGACGUUCCGGACGGAGAUGCGAAGCUCCAAACCAUGGUAUUACAAUGAAAAAUGCCCCCACCCCCGAACUUGGGAGCAUUUGUAUUGCAAACCUUUCCAAAUGAAACACUCGCCCUCUUGCAUCUAUCAGCAUGACAGGUUUCCAAUCGUGAAUAGCGAAAAUUUGUAUUGCAAAAGACCCCAGCAAGGGUGGCGCUUGUCAUGCAAGCGAUGCGAUACACGCCUAGGCUCUGCAUCAGAAAGAUUCAUAGUCCUUUCAUGCAUCACAAACAGUUUUCAUGUGGAAACUUCGCAUCACAAUUUCAGGGGUGGGGGGGCACUUUUCACUGUAAUACAUGGCGGUUACCGAUGAUCCGGACUUGGCUUGGGAGGCCCGGGAGUCUUUCAAGUACGGCCUGAACGCCGGCCGGCCAGCCGCCUACACAGAGGUGCGCAUCUACAUCGCUUUGCGCCGCGCGCUGCGCCGGAGCAACAAGAGCAUCUUCACCACCUCCUUCACCACUAUCAUCGCCUUCCUCGCGAUGCUGAGCAGCAGUUUCGCGGGCGUGGUCCACCUCGGGUUGUUGACGGCAUGUUUAUUAACCGCGGACUAUUUCCUGGCCGUCGUGGUGGCGCCCGCGGUUCUCAGCGCUUACCUGAAGUACCUCCACGCCUCCCCGCUCCUUUCCGCGCUGCCGAAAAAGGACCUGUGGGGCGUGCGGAACGAUUACUACUACGAAAAUUUUCGUUCGGCCAAGGCGAAGUUCAUGAAGGAGCUAUGCGGUUUGUACACGGGAACGUUCGGCAAGUCGUACGAGGACAUAAACCCGGCGCACGCGGAUCUGCGCGCGACCCCGGCGUGCAGCUACCCGCCGGCGAUGGGGAUUGUCCUCGGGAUGGGGAUUCUGGUGAUCAUUUCUCUCGUCGUCGUCGGCCAGAUUGACUACCCGGAGAAGCCCGUGUCCUUUUUCCCGGAAACCCACAUGUACAACGAGCGCGAUAUUUUGGACGAGGUGGGGCACCAUUUCCCGUCUUCCAAUAAUAACCACACGGUCUACGUGUUCUGGGGGGUGAGGGAGGAGGUGUGGGUCGAAGGGGGCGACUCCACCGUAAGUUCCCGGUGGCUGCCGGAGUGGGACGAAAGUUCCGGAAACUACCCGCAACUGAACAAAAACCCGGCCGUGGACCUGCUCGCGCCCGAGAGUGUGCGCCACAUUCUGCAGCUGGGGAAACGUUUAGAGACUAGCUUCAACGAUAAAACGGAUUCGUUUGUGGACAACAGCCUGCGCUGUCCGUUUCGCACAGUGCUAGAGGUCGUGCAGCAACAAACCGAAGAAACCAUUUUUGCCAAAGACUUUGACUACACCACGUUGCCCGUCGUCAACUACCAGUCCUCCGAAGAUGAUAGCACAGCGAGCUUCCUCUUAACCAAACGGCAGUUGGCCGGCGGAGCGACUUUGGUUCGCGGUUACCACCGGGCCUACGCAACGGAGCGCGUCGCGCAAGGGGGCCCCGCCAGCGGCGAGUCGGCCUUUUUCCAGCGGCCCGACGCAACCACGGUGUACCAGGGGCCGGCGUGGACGGACCAAUUCGUGCGUGCCGCGCGAAAACUGGAAAGCGACGACGUUACCGGUCCGCAGUGCUGGGGCUCGACCACCUGGAGCAGCGGUGCCUCCGCCUGCCAGCCCCCGGCGAAAUACGGGAAUAAAGACGCGGACCAAGUACCCGUUCUACUGUCCACAACCGAGGACGGAGGCGGAUUAUAUUUUGACGAAACCAGGAUCAAUUCGGCUAAUUUCGCCAUGUACGGAUUGAAAUUUUCUGUCCCCUUUUCCUCUUUGCGGCACAUCCCCUUUGACGACGCCGAGCGGAUUUCAGAAGCGGUGCAGAGUGUUCUGGACCAUUUCAACCUGAUUGCGCCGGCGAAGGCGGGGUUUGCGCACCAGUACUCGACGGGCUAUCAGUUUUACGAGACGAUGAAGGAAGUGUCGAUCUCCUACUUUGUCGGCAUCGCGUGGGCCACCCCAUUGGUGUUCCUCGCCGUCCUCCUGGCCACGCGGAAUUGGAUCGUGACGAUCUUUGCGAACCUGGUCGCGUUUUUCGUCGUGGAAAUGGUCGUCGCCACGCUGAUUAGUAUGGACUCCGAGUUCGGGCUCGUCGAGAGCUUAGCCGUGCUGAUCGCGAUUGGCCUGACCAUGGACUACAUCCUGCACUUAAGCACCGGUUACAUUGAGGGGGGACGGAACCACGGGCUCUACGGGCGGAGGCCCCGCGUGCAAUUCGCGAUGCAGUCGAUGGGCCCGUCGAUCGUGGCCGGCUUCGUCACAACCGCUUCGACGGCGCUGGUGCUGUGGCGCCUCUGCAACGUUUCCGUUUUCACGCGCCUCGGCGCCGCGAUGUUCUUCACCAUUCUGUACGCGGCGCUGAUGUCUUUGGUGUUUUACCCCUGCCUGCUCCUGCUCAUCGGGCCGCAGGGGACAAACGGGGACCUGCAUUGCCUCGUUUCCGAAGCGGAGCGGGGCCGGUCCUGCGGGUUCGCCAAAAACCUGCCAAGGUUCGCUGGGGGCUAUAAGGGAAACAUCCUGGGAGGUGGGAUGGUGAAUUUCACGGGGGGAACCUUCGGGUCCAACUGGGUCGACGCGGGAGCGCUCAGUUACAAGGACGCUCCCGUUUGGGUCAAGGGAGCACCGCCGUCGCGAAAGGGGCGGUUAAUCUGGGGAAAGGGGAAGGGCGUCAAAAAGGGCGCCCACUACCACCGGAGGCGGGCCGAGGGCAAGUGGGCAGAAAUGACGGGUUUUGCGCGCCCGAAUCGAAAAGGCAAGGGCAAAUUUUGGUGAAAGGACAGGCAAUGUCUUUACUUUUCUGCUUCUACAACUACCCUUCACCUGAUAUUUUUUUCUCCAAUAGAGUUGUCCACCCUUCUUCAUCCUUUGAUACUCGUGUAGUAGAGUAGCUUUUUUGUUCCCUGGACAAUAGAUUCAGACUAUAACAGUAAGUAUCUCCCCUAAUAAUGUAUUCCAAGAGCGCAACAAAAUCAAGGUUUUCAUCUCCCGUAAGGGUAAGAACAAGUGUGACUGUUUCCCGUGCGAAAUAGAAAUUUUGAAAGAAGAGUC